AUGCAAAUCUUCACGAUACUGGCGAGCGUCCUAGCUGCGGUCGUCUCGAUAUCGGCAGCACCAACAACAGGAAUGGCAAAACGCGAGAUUGGAGGUGUACUCAUCUGCCAUGGCGCGAACGCAACAGGAGAUUGUCACUACGAGGUGUAUUCCCUGCAAGACUGCCACGACCUUCCCGCCGGGCUCUCUGGCAAUGCGUCGACCUUUGCACCUGAUGGAGAUGCCUUCUUCUGCUACCCUCGAGCAGGCAAUUGCUCGCAGAUCUGCACAUCGCCCACGGGCUGUACGUUCGGUGCUGUCUCCUUCUACAACCCCGUCAAAUACGACCUGAGCUCGAUAAAGUGGGAUACCUUGAUCAAGUCCUUCAGCUGUCACCUGAAUGCGACGACAACACCCUGGCCGUCCUCCAAAGCAUAG